UCAUCUAAUCGCCUUAUCAACCAUCCAUUCUCACCUCACCUUAUCCCCUCUCUCUUCUGAUCCCUUUUUCAUUAAUUUUCAUCUCUUAGUUCAUAAAAUUUAAACCUUACCUUUCUCCUACACCAAAUACAGCAAUGGCAACAACAAUCUCAGCCGCACUGUCUCAACCCACAUUGGCUGCUGCCACGGUUGGCGGUCCGAGGAGAAGAGCUUCGGUCAAUGUGAAUUACAUCACAGAAUUGAAUUCCUUUGAUGGGCUAAAAGCUCACAACAAUGUGGUCUCACUAGGCCAGUCGGUGUGCCUCGAGCAGUCGUUUGCAAAGGUCAUGAGCUCGCUCAAAGUUCCUCCGAAGGGGAAAGGGAGAGGCGGCGGCGCCUUGUCUUCGACCUGUAAUGCGGUGGGUGAGAUAUUCAGGAUUGCAGCGAUCAUGAAUGGACUUGUUCUUGUUGGAGUUGCUGUGGGGUUCGUUCUUCUUCGAAUUGAAGCAUCUUUGGAAGAGGCUGAGUGAGGGUAACCUUUUAUUGUGUCAUAAUAUGUCUUGCUUUUCUUUGGCAAAUUUGUAAUGUAAUUUGCUUUCAUUCUUCAUGGAUUUGGCACUUCGAUUGAUUUCAAUUCCC